UGUGUGCUCUAUUGCUGAAACAUUGUGGUCAGUUACCAGAGAGCAAUCAUGAGGGAAUGCAUAUCUGUCCAUGUUGGCCAGGCUGGAGUUCAGAUGGGAAGCGCUUGCUGGGAACUUUACUGCUUAGAUGAGACUGGCUCAGGAAAGUAUGUUCCAAGAUGUGUUUUCAUUGACCUGGAGCCAACUGUUAUCGAUGAAGUUAAAACUGGAGCCUACAAGCAGCUGUUUCAUCCAGAGCAACUCAUACCAGGCAAAGAAGACGCUGCAAAUAAUUAUGCUCGUGGGCACUACACAGUUGGCAAGGAGAUCAUAGAUCAAACACUUGACAGGAUACGAAAGUUGUCUGAACAGUGCUUUGGACUUCAAGGAUUUUUGGUCUUCCACAGCUUUGGCGGUGGCACAGGAUCUGGUUUCACUUCACUAUUAAUGGAACGCCUGUCGGUGGAUUAUGGAAAGAAAUCAAAGCUGGAGUUUUCAAUUUAUCCUGCCCCAAGGAUCUCCACUGCAGUCGUAGAACCAUAUAAUUCUAUUCUGACAACUCACACAACUCUGGAGCAUUCGGACUGUGCCUUUAUGGUAGACAAUGAAGCCAUCUAUGAUAUCUGCAACCGAAAUCUGGAUAUUGAGCGCCCCACUUAUACUAACUUGAAUAGAUUGAUUGCUCAGAUUGUUUCUUCCAUCACAGCUUCUUUAAGGUUUGAUGGGGCACUUAAUGUAGACUUGACAGAGUUUCAGACUAACUUGGUGCCUUAUCCUCGAAUCCACUUCCCACUGGUCACUUAUUCACCCAUAAUAUCAGCAGAGAGGGCUUACCAUGAGCAACUGUCGGUGCCUGAGAUCACCAAUGCUUGUUUUGAGUAUUCAAAUCAGAUGGUGAAAUGUGAUCCUCGUCGUGGCAAAUAUAUGGCUUGCUGUCUGUUAUAUAGAGGUGAUGUGGUGCCAAAAGAUGUCAAUGCGGCUAUAGCUGCAAUUAAAACCAGGCGUUCUAUCCAGUUUGUAGACUGGUGUCCUACUGGAUUUAAAGUGGGAAUAAACUACCAGCCCCCUACUGUAGUUCCAGGAGGUGACCUGGCCAAAGUUCAACGUGCUGUCUGUAUGCUGAGUAACACUACAGCCAUUGCAGAGGCCUGGGCAAGGCUAGACCACAAGUUUGAUCUCAUGUAUUCUAAGAGAGCAUUUGUACAUUGGUAUGUGGGAGAGGGCAUGGAGGAAGGAGAGUUCUCUGAAGCAAGGGAGGAUAUGGCAGCUCUAGAAAAGGAUUAUGAAGAGGUAGGAACAGAGUCUGGUGUUGGUGGAAAUGAAGAGGAAGAUGAAUUCUAA